AUGGUUUUUGAAGGGGUAAGUCCACCAACAGAUGGGAAGAAAAUGGAUCAUCUUUGUCCACUGUCCAUGAUUUCUCUUCAAGCCAGCAAAAGUCACUCUUCCAUAGCACCUAAGAGUGAACCUUUCCUCCAUGCAACUUCAUCCGGUCAAGGUUUAGCUACACCUGUACAUACCAAGACUGCUUCUCCCAUUCCUUCUGAGAUGCAAACAACUAGCACUCCAUCUACACCUCCUAGCUCUCAAGUUGACAGUGUCUUCACUGAUGCAUACCCAACAUGGCACUGUACUACUCAUCAAAAUGGUUGCAACACGGUCUCCAACAUUUGCUAUCUUCCAAAAAAUUCGUGGGCAUUGGAUUGGCCUUCCUAUACAUCAAUCAUAUCAGAAUGGAAGUUAGAAUGUUCUUCUUCCAUUAUCACUGGUUUGCCUGCAUCAUCCUUCUUCAUGGGUUGCCUAGUGGGUGGAUUCGUUCUUGCCACACUUGCUGAUUCCUCACUUGGUCGCAAAAACAUGAUCUUUCUUUCAUGCCUAACCAUGUCCCUAUCUUCUUUGCUUACUGUCUUCUCCACCAACAUAUGGGUUUACUCAGCUUUAAGAUUGGUUUGUGGGUUUGGUCGUGCAACAAUUGGAACUUCUGCACUGGUGUUAACAGCUGAGCUUGUGGGAAUCUUUUAUUCUAUGCUGGUUCAGUUCUUUGUUCGUGAGUCUCCUAGAUGGCUCUUUGUACGUGGACGAAAAGAGGAAGCAGUGGCCACGUUGAAAAGCAUUGCAACACCUAGCCGUAGUAGUUGUUUAACUUGGAGCUUCUCUGAGGUUUCGUUUCAGGAAGAAAGAUGGAAUAAUGGGAAUGUUUUCUCGACUAUAAAGAUUUUGGUGCAGAAAAGAUGGGCUUUCCGAAGGUUGUUACCGGUUUUGGUGAUUGGUUUUGGGAGUGGAAUGGUGUACUAUGGCAUGCCAUUAGGCCUAGGAAACUUGUCGUUCAAUCUCUACUUGAGUGUCACAUUAAAUGCCUUAGCUGAGAUACCAUCUUCAUUGAUCACUAUGUUGCUUAUAGGUAAGUUGAACAGAAAAUUUUAUGUGCUUGCUUUCACUACCUUUAGUGGGAUUUUCAGUAUUAUGUGUGCUUUGAAAGGUGAGGUGUGGACAAGAUUUCAGAUUGGACUUGAGCUAGUAUACUUCUUCAGUGCUUGUACCGCUUUCGAUAUAUUACUAAUAUUCACAAUAGAGUUGUUCCCUACUUGUGUGAGGAAUUCAGCUACUUCAUUGGUGAGACAAGCAGUUGUGUUUGGUGGUGUGUUUGGUCCGAUGCUAGUGGCUACUGAGAGAAGAGAUGGAAUUUCAUCCUAUGGGGUGUUUGGGUUGGUGAUAGGUUGUUGUGGGCUGUUUGCAUUUUGUUUACCAGAGACAAGAGGUAGAGCAAUUUGUGAUACAAUGGAUGAGGAAGAACACAAAGAGAAGGCAAUUUGUAAUGGUGAAGGUGAUGUCUUGGCUUAA